AUGCCCGACUCUGCCGAUCCCCUCCCCACGCAACCCUCGCCGGAUCCGGACAUGCCGCCGCGGAAGCCCCUCGCUGGCGGCGGCGGCAAGAAGCUCAAGAAGCCCCUCACCGACAAGCAGCGCGCUGCCGCGGAGCAGCGCCUGUCCCACCUCCGCGCCCACCUCAACCUCCGCCCCCUCGAGUCCCCAGCUGCCGGGGCCCGUGCCCUACCGCCGCUGCAGGAGGCGGCGCUCGAUGCCCUAGGACUGCUCGACUUCUUCCGCCUCGACCUGCAAUCCGACGCCCCGCGCCCCGACCUCAUCGCCCCGCUCGUCGCCUACUACGACCCGGCCUGCAAGCGCAGCUUCGUCCGCGGCGUCCGCGUCGCCGUCUCGCGCCACGACCUCACCCGCGCGCUCUGCCUACCCCCGAAGCCCGCCUCCGCGGCGCCGGCCCCAGCCGACGUCGACCCCGCAGCGGUGGUCCCUGCCGUUAUGCAGCUCCUGCAUGAUUACGUCCUGCUCCCGUUCCAGGGGGAUGACAUGUGCAUACUGCCGCAGGAGGUGGUCGCCGCGGAGCAGGCGGUCAGGGAGGGGGCGGCGCAUAGGGUUGACUGGGGGGGCCUGAUCUGGGGCCUCGUCGAGAAGGAGAUGCUCGAGCUGCCCAAGAGGGAAGACGGGUUGUGUUACUACGGGCCGCACCUGCAGAGGCUCAUUUAUGCCCAAAAGCCACAUCUGUUAGCGCUGGUGGAGGAAGGGCCUGUUCCGGAGGUGUCUGCUGAUGUGGAGAUGGAGGAGGAGGAUGGUGAUGUGGAUUUGAAAAGCAAGAGCUUGGUGGAGCUGGAGCCGGGGGAUGGGGAUGGGGAUGGGGAUGGCGAUGCGGGUAACGAUGUGAGGAGCAAGAGCUUGGAGGAGUCGGAAUUGGGGAAUGCUGGUGCAAGGAAUGAUGGUUUGGACGAGUUAGAGUUGGGGGAUGCUGUUACAAGAAACAAGGUCAUGGAGGAGUUGUGUUUAGGGGAUGUAGAUGCCAGGAACAACAGUAUAGAGGAACUAGAGGUGGUCGAGGAAUAUGCAAGGAUCAAGAGCUUGAAUGAAUGUGAGGCUGUGGAUGUGGAUCCAGAUGCCAUGGACAACAAUAUAGAUGAAAUGGAGACGGUCAAUGAAGAUGCAAGGAGCAAGAGCUUGAAUGAAUCUGAGGCUGUGCAUGUGGAUCCAGAUGCCAUGGACAACAAUAUAGACGAGAUGGAGACGGUCAAUGAAGAUGCAAGGACCAAGAGCUUGGAUGAAUCUGAGGCUGUGGAUGUGGAUCCGGAUGCCAUGGACAGCAAUAUAGAUGAAAUGGAUGCGGUGAAUGAAGACGCAAGGAGCAAGAGCAUGAAUGAAUCUGAGGCUGUGGAUGCCAUAAACAACAAUAUAGUCAAAUUGGAUGCGGUCAAUGAAGACGCAAGGAGCAAGAGCUUGAAUGAUGAAUCAGAGCCGGUGGAAGAGGAUGUUAAGGGUCCAAGCUUCGAUGACAUGAACACCGUGGAUGAGCACGUCAAUGGCACAAACACGGAUGGUUUAUGUUUGGGAUUUGUGGCAGUUGAAGCUGUGCCUGCUGUACAUGAGGCAAGGCUUGACAAUAAUGAGGAAACGACAGAGGAAGCACCAGCGGGGGGUGAUGAUGUGCCAGGCGGUGAUGAUGUGGCAGUGCCUACAGAUGUGGAUGGUGAAGAACCCUCGGUGGAGGCAGUAGUUGUAACACAGGAGGUAGUGGCUGUUGCAGACGAGUUGGGGGAUGAGGAGGCUGAGGGGGAUGAAGAGAGGGAUGCAAUGGGAUUGAGCUUGGGGUUUAACUCUACCAAUGGUUAUGGUGCUAUGGAUGUGGAAGAGGAAACUAAUGUUGAGAAUUUGGAUGAGGAUGAGAGUGACAGUGGCAAUGAAGAGGCAGAGGAGUCAGAGGAUGAUGCAUUUGACGUUAAUGAUGGAGAGGACAUGAAUUGGAGAAUUGGGGAUGGCCAGGGGGAUGAGGGAAUGUCACAUUCCUUACAACGCUGUAACACAUUUGGGGGCAUGGAGUUUGAGAACCUGAAUAAAGGGGAGGCUGAGAUGAGGGAUGAGUUAAGGUUUGACGAUUUCCCUGCGAGGGCAUCUUUGGAAAGGAUGACAUCAUCAAACCUCCUCCAAGCCCUGAACUCAAUUCCCUCAUCAUACAAUGUAGCAGAGAAUGUGCAUGAUCUGCCUUCUGGGGAUUUCUUGGCUAUGGGGGCUGAUGCACAUAAGAGUGGAGUGGACCUGGGACCAGGGAGCUCAUAUUUAUUUGGGAAUAAUGGUAAGAGGAAUAUUGACGAUAUUGAUGGGUACAAUGGCAAUAUGCAGGUGCAAGAGGAGUUUCCUCAGUCUAAUCAGCAUAAGAGGAUGCGGCAUAGUAACAGUAGCAACAUAUCACCUGGAUCAGCCUUUUUCAAUGCAAGCUUUUCGGUACCUAUACAGAACUUGAUGGUUGAGGCAAGCAGGCUCUAUGAGAAGAAUGAGCAAAAACUUCAGAAUUUGCAAUUUGAGAAACAACAGUGGUCUCACAUGCUGCAGCAGAAGGAAGCCAUUAUCCAAUCCCUAAACUCAGCUCGGUUUGAGCAACAGAAUAAGUAUCAAGCGGAGCUUAGACACUUCGAGCAUGAUCUGAAUGUUAUGGCUCAGUUGGUCACUACCUACAAAAAAGCUUUAAAACAGACACGGGCUUCUUUUGAUGAGUACAGGAAGAAGUUCCCUGCAAUGUUCCUCUUUAUGGUGAUGUUGCUGGCGGCAUGCGGUCUUGUUCUUGGUGUGAGGGAGUUGGAGAAGAGGCGGUGUGAGGAGGAGCAGCAAAAAAUUGCCAUGGUAAAUGGUAUGAUUGAAAGAUUCCAGUACGAAUGGUUCUCAAAGCAAGAUGAGUGGGGACUUUCUGUCAACUCACUGUGGAGCAGAGUGGAAAGACUCUAUAAGGAGAUUCAGCUUCUCAAGGAAAACAGAAGAGCAAGAUUUGCUACCCCAGCUACAGAGGAAUCUAUCCCAGCUACAGAGGAAUGA